AUGUCACUCAGCGUACUUUGAGUGUUUUCGGCCAGGCGCGCUCUCAGUGUGGGUGAAUUGGUCAAGUCUGUUUGUCUAAGUGGAUUACCGCACCCUUGCAAACUAGACGAUUACUAAUUCAGCACUGACUGCAUAAUUGGACGGAGAGGGGAACACCAACGCUUUUCAGGCUCGGUAUAAAAGUGAAGAACACAGCAGGUGAAGAAAAACAGAGUGUGUAUUAGAUGACUGUGAUGACUUCAAAAGACAACAAUUGAGAUGGCAACAUAUCUAUCCGUACUGCUGCUGUUUGUGUGGGUCUCCACAAGCUCUUCAAAUCCACGCAGUUGUGGGGGUCGUUGUGGAGAAGGCUAUUACAGAGGAAGUUUCUGCCAGUGUGACUAUGAUUGUCUGGGCCUGAAUGAGUGCUGUGCAGACUUUCAGGAUUUGUGCACUUCAAAGGACUCAUGCAAAGGACGCUGCGGAGAGCCUUUUAAUAGAGGCAAUCCAUGUCACUGUGAUAUCGACUGUGUCUCGUAUAAUCAGUGCUGCCCUGAUUAUGAGAGCAUGUGCUUGAUCGAAGAUUCUGCCUUAAAGCCAAGAAACACUGCCAGCGCAGCUCAAAGGAUCGCUAACUUAUGCCUAAACAUAAAGAAUAAAAAGUCUACAGAAUCCUCCAAUGAGGAGAUGACCAAUUUGGAAGGAACUGGAGAUGAGUUUACAGUCCCUGAGUAUGAAACUGAGCCCACACCUUCUGAGGGCCGUGAUGUCCCAGCAGAGAUUUUGCCUGAAGGACCUUACACAGGUUCAGAUAUAGAGGAGAAACAGAAGGAAAACAGCACCUUUCACCCUGAAAAUGAGACUUCAUCUCCUGCCCCAUCCACUCCAACCGCAGAUGUGAGCAGCAUAUUCCCUGCUGAUGAGAACCAUAUAGACUUUACCACUCAACAGCCGUCUGAAGAAUUGACCGCUUCCAGCACAUUACAGCCUCAAGAGAACUCAAGCAUAGCAUUAACAGAAGGUCCCACAAGCGUGACACCCGUAGAUGAUUCACCAGAAGAGGAUCCAAAAAAACAAACAAUAACAGUAGAUCCAACAAGCCCAGUGCCAGCAGAAGAUCCAACAAGCCCAGGGCUAGCAGAAGAUCCAACAAGCCCAGGGCCAGCAGAAGAUCCAAUAAGCCCAGUGCCAGCAGAAGAUCCAACAAGCCCAGGGCCAGCAGAAGAUCCAAUAAGCCCAGUGCCAGCAGAAGAUCCAACAAGCCCAGUGCCAGCAGAAGAUCCAAUAAGCCCAGUGCCAGCAGAAGAUCCAACAAGCCCAGUGCCAGCAGAAGAUCCAACAAGCACAGUGGCACCAGAAGAUCCAAACAACCAAACACCAGCAGAAAAUCCAACAAGCCCAGCGGCAACAGCAGAUCCAACAGACCAAAACCCUGCAGAAGAUCCAAGAAAUCCAGCACCAGCAGAAGAUUCAAGAAAGCCAGCACCAACAGAAGAUCCAACAAGCAUGGCACCAACAGAAGGUUCAACAAGUGCAGCACCAACAGAAAAUCUAACAACAGCACCAACAGAAGGAGCUACGCCUGUCCCAAGAAAGACACCUGCUCCAAUGAAACCAACAAAAAAACCCACUCAACCCAGUAAAGAAAAUAUUGAUAAAUCAGAAGUAAAGGAAUCUCCCAAGGAUCCUGUAGUCAUUUCUCCAAUCAGAGUGACAGAAAAGCCUCUUAAACCUUCUUCAGACCUGAAUGGCAGAACAGAUAUUUUAGAUUAUCAAUCUGAUGAUUAUGACAGUAACCUCUGCAGUGGGCGUCCAGUCAGUGGUCUGACAACUCUCAGAAAUGGCACCAUUGUGGUGUUCAGAGGACAUUAUUUUUGGACUCUGGACAAACAAAGGAAUCCUGAUCCUCCUCAGUUAAUUACGCAGGUGUGGGGAAUCCCGUCUCCCAUCGACACUGUUUACACCCGCUGCAACUGCCAAGGCAAAACCUACUUCUUCAAGGGAAAGAACUACUGGAGGUUUGAGAACGGUGCGAUGGAUCCUGGCUUUCCUAAACCCAUCAGCGAGGGUUUUGGACAAAUUGGUCAUAUCACAGCUGCUUUAUCUAUACCAGAGUAUAGAAGCAGAAAAGAGUCUGUCAUCUUCUUCAAAAGAGGUGGAAUGGCUCAAAAGUACACCUACCAGGUCACUCCAAACUGUGGGAGAAGGCCAAAAAUUCCAGUGAUCACAGUGAGGAUGAGAACAAGAAGACAAACAGCUGCAGCACUGGGGCAAGUGAUCAACAUCUCACGAACCUGGAGAGGAUUUCCAACCAUGGUGACCUCAUCUGUGUCUGUACCCUCCAGGGUCAAAGAGGGAUACAAAUACUAUGUUUUCUCUCAAAGAAACUAUUACAGCAUGAAAAUGGAAAGAGAUAAACCAGUGAUCUUAAAACCUGUUACAGGUCCCAAGGAAAACCCAGCGACCAGCUUCUUCAAAUGCAAAGACACUCAGAAAAUCUGAGUCAUCCAUCUCCUUACCUCCUGCCAUUCACAGUACAUGUUCAUGCACUCGUCUAAUAUGCAGUGGAAAACAACCGGUCACAUCUUCACAGACAAAACAAAAAUCUCUUUCUUCAAAACAAUUUAUUUUAUGGAUGUAGAAUCAUUAAAAAUAACAACAAUGGAUUGCUCAGAGCAUACAACUAACAAACGACAGCUAUAAUACACUGACUUGAAGUCCUGAAGCAGAAUAAAGCACAGCUGUUCUUGUGGAGCCAAUAGUUCAGGAUGAAGACUAGAAUGAAGACUGCUGGGAUUUUGCUUCAUCUGGCAAAGCGUCCUCUCACACCCAUAACACUCAGUCCAUCUAUAGCAAGAAAGAUGUUAAAAUUAUACUUUGUAAAUGCAGCCCGCUUAAAAGCGAAAAUGUAUGAAGGAAGGAAGGAAAUAAAAGUUUAAGAAACUAACAAAUAAGAAA